AUGGAGGAUUUAUUUUCGGAUAGGCCAGAUACUUCCAAAUAUGUCUCCCCAGGUUCAGAGGCCUCCACUAUCCCUUUAUUGAGUGAUGGUCCACUCACAGAGGAAGCUGAAUCAAGGUCUAAGGCUCGGAAAAUUGCUCUAGGAGUUUUGCCUCAGACAUCUUGGUUCAAAGGACCACAUUCCACAUAUAGAGUCUCUGCACCAGAGGAAGACAAUGAUUGUGUUUCCCUGACUUUUCCCAGAAAACUUUGGAAAAUUGUAGAAAGUGACAAAUUCAAGUCAAUUUGGUGGAGUGAGGAUGGAACUUCUGUUGUGAUUAAUGAAGAUCAAUUUAAGGAAGAAAUUUUGGGAAGAAAGUAUCCUUUCAAAAUAUUUGAAACUAACAGUAUGAAAAGUCUAGUUCGUCAACUGAAUCUUUAUGGGUUCCGCAAAAUUCAGCACCGACUUGAACGGUCUGCUUCUCUGGUUGAGUUUCUUGCCGAAGAGAAGGAAGUCUAUGCUUUAGCCAAGUUGCUGUGCUACCAUAACCCGAACUUUAAGCAAGGAUGUCCCCAACUGUUACGAAGAAUGAAAAGAAGAUUAAGGAUUAAAAAUGUUUCUCCAGCAGCUGCUUCGUUGGUUCCACAGGUGGACAACCAACAGCACCCUGGAGCAGAGAACAAAGCGAACAAUUCUAAUUCUGACUUAUUGGCUGAGAACGGUGUAGAAUGUUUCCUUUCAACUUCAGGAAACUUAAAGUGCAAGCUUUCUUUACAAAAUUAA